AUGGACGGGCUUUUCACUCUGCUCAGUCUGAGCAUUGUCAUGGCUGUGGCUUCCUUCCUAGCAGGUAUCCUGCCGCUGUCGUUGACGCUCUCACAACCACAAUUACGGUUCAUCUCAACAAUCGGCAUGGGUGUCUUAGUGGGUACGUCCCUGGUUGUCAUUAUCCCUGAAGGGGUGGAGACUCUCUACAGCGCUUCUGAAGUCGGACACGCGCAUGCUCAGCUCAGAAGGCAUGUAUCUGCGCGAGGGGUAGACAUUCAAUGGAGUCAGGGUUUUGCCGCUCAACCGUUUCACGAGAUCCGAGCACGAGAACCUGCCGAUUUGAACCCCUUCGAUCUCCCCGGGCCUGUCAUUCCAUCCGAUCUAGAGGCGCCACCGCGGACUCCUACAAAGCCUGGCGUGGUUGGUGUCAUGGAUGUUGAGGGAAAGUCUGAUAAGCAGGCCCAAACAGAGCAGGAAAAUGACGAGGAGGAUGAAGAAGAAGUCCACAAAGAAUCUCACCAUGCGUGGAUUGGAGUUGCUUUGUUGGCAGGCUUCAUGCUCAUGUACUUGAUUGACAAGGUGCCACAAUACAGCCAGCCAACAAAACAAAAGGCGAGGACGCAUCAUAUCGCAUUGAACAACUUGGGCCGCAGGUUCAACUUCACUACAUCUUUGGAUCGCGAUGAUGAAGCAGACGCUUUCAUUGAUUCAACUGAAGGGCGCCAGGUCCACCAACGGAGCUUCGCAACCACCAUAGGUCUAGUCAUUCAUGCUGCUGCUGAUGGGAUAGCACUGGGGGCGUCUUCGACAGCAACAACGUCCGGACUGAGCUUUGUUAUUUUCUUUGCGAUUAUGAUUCACAAAGCACCAGCGGCAUUUGGACUGACAUCCGUGCUCGUCAAGCAAGGACUCUCCAAAAGAGCAGCCAGAGGACAUCUGCUCCUCUUCAGUCUGGCUGCGCCUACAGGAGCAAUCUUUACAUGGUUGCUUGCUCACCUUCUUGGCGGUGGUCGGAAUCAGAGUGCACAAACUACCAGGUGGUGGACGGGGAUGCUGUUGCUGUUUUCAGCUGGGACCUUUCUCUACGUGGCUAUGCAUGCAAUGCAAGAGAGCUUUGGUUCUCACCACGAAGGGAUGAAUGGGCACGCAAACGGCUAUAUUGACGGGCGCGAAAGCACGCAAAGUGAGCCCAAGCCGUCUUGGAAAGAUCUUGGAGCCGCCUGCUUCGGAAUGAUCCUGCCAUUGUUUUUACAGGUUGGACAUGCUCAUUGA